UCUUCCUUCCUGUUCUUGGUGUUUCGACACGGGGAAAAUGUUUUCUCGUUUUCUGCAUGCAAUGAUUUAAAUCUUGGAUGCAGAGUGUUUGUGCUCCGGUGACAUCCACUGAGAAAUAGCCCUACGUGCUUGCGGACGCUCUUGAUAUUUUUCCCCCCUCUUCUCUGUCUUCCUCUCCUCUUCCCGAAGCAGCUUUUUCACGAGCUCACUUGUUCCGAUCUCGACCUUUUGCUUAUUUUCUGGCUUUUUCCUCCUUUAUCAUGGCUUAUUUUGGUGUGGUUUUGGUGCUUUUCUCGGGUCUUACAGUGUUUCUCUGGUGUUCGAGGCUGUACGUCUCCUCGGGCGCAAAAAUAACAGUUUUGAUUUUCAUCUUUGAGGAUUUUGCUUUUCCAAUAGGCAUUGCUGCAGGAAUAGGAUGACUGGGAAGACCCAGACCAGCAACGUGACCAACAAGAAUGAUCCUCGCUCCCUCAACUCUCGCGUUUUCAUCGGCAACCUCAACACAGCCGUGGUAACCAAGGCUGACAUUGAGGCCAUCUUUGCCAAAUACGGCAAGAUUGUGGGCUGUUCUGUCCACAAAGGCUACGCCUUUGUUCAGUACGCCAGCGAGAGGAAUGCCCGGGCAGCCGUGGCUGGAGAGAACGCCAGGAUCGUUGCUGGACAAUCACUUGAUAUCAACAUGGCUGGAGAGCCCAAACCGUACAGGCCUAAGAUGGGCUCCAAGAGGCCUCUCUCAUCCCUCUACAGUGGCUAUGAAUUUGACUACGACUACUACAGAGAUGACUUCUACAGUAGACUGUUUGAGUACCACGGCCGCGUUGUGCCUCCGACCCGAGCUGUGAUCCCCAUCAAACGCUCACGGCUAGUUGUCCCAACCACACGCAGAGCCAAAUCCUCUUUUCCAGUCAGGGCUUGCUCUUCCUCUUCCUCCUCCUCCUCUUCCUCCUCCCGAGCACUCAAUGUCGGCUCUUCCAUCACUGGCCCUAAACUGAAGACAGAUCAGCUUCUAACAAUCAAAAAGGAACUGUCGCAAAUCAAAACCAAGAUCGACUCACUGCUGGGAAGGCUUGAGAAGAUAGAGAGGCAACAUCGCUCUGAUGCCGAGAUGCAGAGGAAGCAGGAGGAGGUGUGCGAGUGUCUCCAUGGUGAUGCAGCAGACCACUCUGGGGGGGAGGAAGUGGAGGGGACGGCUGAGGUUGAGGCAGGGGAGAUGACAGACGGUGGUGAAGACGACUUUGAAGAUGAAGGCACAAGCGACAUGAUAGAGAACCACAUAUCGGACAUUGACAACUGAGUAAGUUGGGGAAUAAUGAAGCUUGCAUUACAGAAGAUGGGAGGACAGAUACCAGCAAAAUCUUCUUGAUCAAGGAGGUGCAUUUGACAUUAAAGGAAAGGAAGUGACAGACAGCAGUGGAAGAGUGUGUCAGACUUGUAUUUUGCUUGUUUGCCUCAUUAGAACAUGCCACUGCUGAUGCAUACGUCAUCAAAAUCCUGGGUAUGAAUAUUCUCCAGACGACUGCAAGAUCUUCGCAACCAGCAGUCAGUCAUUUCCCCUCGGACUGAUUGCUGUUCUGAAAAAUACAGACAAUACAGUAUAUUGUGUGCUUAUUAUAUUGUGGUCUGUAUUGUGUAUAAAAAUACAGUUAUGUGAUCUACCAGAAGAAAAUUUGUCUUUUGUUGUACCUCAGAUGUUUGUUUCUGUUUCUGUGCAUUGAAAACUGUGAAAAGCUGCAUUGCUGGCAGAGAGCUAAAUAUGAAUGUAACAGUAACAUAUUUUCUUUGACACUCAUUAAUUCUGCAUUUUGUUUUCAUUCAUUUUGAGCAAAUGUACAGUAUGUAAUUUAUUCACAAUCUCGCCACAUGGUAUUGAAUGCAUUUCAUGUUUUUAAUUUGUUCUACAUGACAACGUGUAUUUGAAAUUCUUUACUCUCUGUUUACAAUUUUAAAAAAUGAAAGACAACAAUUUUUGCUGUCAGCAUGUUAAAAAUGUGGCUAUCAAGGAUCAUUUCUUUGCCUCUGUUGUACAGCCAUGGAUAAUAAACAUUUUUGACAUAAACUUGUGUCCUUCCUCCCCAAAACUGAGUGGUGUAGCUCGCAUUUUUUGUAAAUGUACUGUUUCUUUUUCUAUUUAAAUGGACCUAAAGCUAAGGAAAGACGAGAUAUACUUCUUGCAUCUAGUUUGACUGCCGAUUGCAUUUAAUUUU